UUUGAAGAGUUGUUUCCGCCGGCGGAAGUGGGCGGGUUCGUGUCCAAAAAGCUAAAACUUUCAUUUAGUUGUGAAACUUCUGAGAGAAAAAUGGCAACAUUUUUCGGAGAAGUGUUGUCGGUGUAUUCUCGAGCUGUGGAGGAAGACGAAGAGGAUCUGGAGGAAAAUGAGGAAGAUGAGCAAAUCCGCAGAGAACUGGAGGAAAAGAGGACCGUUCAGCUGCAGUGGAGUCCCAACGUCUCCGAGUCGUUGAAGAGCGGAAACAAGUUUCAGUGUUCGGACUUCAUCCUCGCUGUGGGACACAACGCUGCUGGCUUCCUGUCAGCGUACGUUCUCGCCUCUGCAAACUGGGACGCCGUUGGACGUGCACUGGUGUGGAACGAGAGGAGCCGAACUGUAACUGGGCGAACCAGUGAGGAGUCGGCAUGUGUUUUCUACAGAUGCAAGGACAAGCCGUCAGUCCUGGUCUGUGGAGUGACUUGCUACGUUGCWGAAGACCAGCUCUUUCAAUGGACAGAAAAGGUGUUUGAGUGUCUUCAGUCCAGGGAGCUGAGUGUGACCGUGCUGUCAGAUAGCUCUGUGGCUGAUUACAAGACGGCAGACUAUCUGAGCAGCAGCUCUGCUCCCUUCCUGCGAUCGCUCCACACCAGUGCUUUCAGUCAUCAGCCUGUCUGCCAGUCACUGGAGCAGCCAAACAUAGUUACAGGGCUUCCAGCUGCAGUCCUGAACCACUGCCAGGUCCACCGCAUCGCUGCUGUUGUUUACCAGUGUUACAGUGAUGUCAUCGGCCCCGACUCUGUCACCAUGGAGACCUAUAAACCUGCACUAACCAAGCUUGGCAGUUCUAUACAGCUGGAUUCGUCUCCAAACACAGACGUCCUUCGAAAAUUUGUCAGGACCACAGACAUUCAAAGUAAUCUUUAUAUCUGAAGAUGUCCUUGUGCAAUUCAGUUUAAAUGGAAAAUUAUUCUUGAAUAAAUUGUCUUUUAUAAAUAAACUGUUCAGCAAAUAA